AUGUAUUUCAACUAUAAGGGCUAUUAUUCUGUCGUAUUGCAAGGAAUAUCUGAUGCAAAUUACAAAUUCAUUGCUAUUGAAGUCAGGGCUUACGGUAAACAGAGUGAUGCGGGAACAUUUUCAGAUUUAAAUGUUUAUCAACGGCUUGAAGCAAACACUUUAAACAUACCAGAGAAUGAAAAUAUUCCAUUAACUAAUAUUUCAGCACCUUUUGUUUUGUUGGGUGAUGAUGCCUAUCCUUUAAAAACAAAUUUGUUGAAACCAUAUUCAAGAAAAAGACUCACUAUUGAAGAACGUAUUUUCAAUUAUCGAUUAUCAAGAGCUAGGCGAUGCGUAGAAUGUGCCUUCGGUAUACUAGUAGCCAAGUGGAGAUGUUUAAAAACUGAGCUACAAAUCGAUCCUAAUAAAAUAGACAUUGUAGUUAAAUGUGUUUGUCUUUUGCAUAAUAUAAUCAUUGAUAAGUAA